UGGGAGCAGUAGUCUCCUCCAAACCGUCGAGAGCCCAACAAUAAUAAUCCCCCCUUUUCAUCGCGGCGACGAUACCCGCCAUUUUCAUCUCAUUCUCACCACCAAAAGCGACCACGCAGCGACCGGCCACCGAUCGAGAUGGAGCAGCAUGAGGAGGCAGCGGAGAGGAAGCCUUCGCCGCCGGUGAUAUUCCGGCUGUUCGGCGUCGAGGUCCGCGGCGGCGGCGGCGGAGUUGACGAGGAGGAGUACGAGGAGGAGGAGGUGGAGGGUGGAUUGUUCAUCAAGAAGAGCUCCAGUAUGCCCAACCUCACCUCCAUCGACCCGCUGCCGGUGCCGGCCGACGGCGGCAAACGGCGCGCCUCCGACGACUCCGAGCUCGCCUCCGGCCAGCAGAAGCGCCGCCGCCGCAAGGUGCAGGAGAGGAAGAAAGGGGUACCAUGGACUGAGGAGGAGCACAAGAAAUUCCUGGAAGGGCUGAGGCAGCUGGGGAAAGGGGACUGGAGAGGCAUCUCCAAGAACUUUGUGACCAGCAGGACGGCGACUCAGGUGGCCAGCCACGCCCAGAAGUACUUCCUCCGGCAGACCAACCCUGGCAAAAAGAAGCGCCGGGCCAGCCUCUUUGAUGUUGUUGCUGAGUGCAGUGAUGAUCAGCUUCCAAGUCCUCAGAGUGUUGGAACUAAGCCUCCUACCCAGGAUAUAAUUCAUACAGAUCGCGGCGAUGUCCCGAUACUAAGCUAUCCAGUUGCUAGAGGCUUUAGAGGCGAUAGCGUGCAGGUUGAUGAACUAACUGAAUAUGUGAAGAGAUUAAAGGCCGCCGAGGACAUGUCGCUCUCCAUGAUCUCUGGACUGGAAAUGGCAUCAUCAUCCAUCAGCAGUCUAGAGCUCAGUAUCGCGCCUCCUCAUUGCGCGAUCGAGGCGGCCAUCAAGGUGCUGUGAUCCAGACGCAAUUCUCCACCGAAGGAAUCUGGAUCGGCUUCAGCUACUGUUCUUCGUCGCCGCUGUUGUUGUUUGUUGUUGUUGUUUUUUUUUUUUUUUUGCGGGGGUUGUUUGUUGUUGUUGUUGUUGUAGUUGUCAUGCUAACUUUGUAUUUGGGUCAUGUGGCGUUUCUUUCAGCAGUCUUAUAUAAUACAGUGAGAAUGUCAGUACCUUCCGAGACAUGUUUAAUUAAGCCUUGGUUGGUUGGUAUAAGUUGGUGAAAAGAAAACCAGAUAGUAGCCUGUCUGUAUUGUACGGUUGCAAAAUUGGAGUAUAUUGAUGCAGAGAUCAUGAAGGGUCUCCAUCUUGUUCAUAA